ACGCUGUCCUACUUGCCUGAUUCCAGGCUGCCGUAUGUCGCCGCUAUUUGUUAGGAAUAACGAUAUUGCUGCUGAGCAACUGAGGCAAAUAGGAGACGUGGGGAUACACACUGGGCUGGGCUACGAAAACCGUUUAACGUUAGCUGCUGCAUUGAAGCCAGAGAUAAAUCUGACAGCGAUAAGAAGAGCAAGGGAUGACGUAGGGACUGAGGCUGGAGGAGAGUGCAGAGAUGAGCCUCACGUCCUGGUUCCUCGUGAGCAGCGGGGGUACGCGGCACCGGCUGCCCCGUGAGAUGAUCUUUGUGGGCCGCGAUGACUGCGAGCUUAUGCUACAGUCUCGCAGUGUAGACAAGCAGCACGCUGUCAUCAACUAUGAGUCCAGCAGUGAUGAGCACAAAGUAAAGGAUCUGGGAAGCUUGAAUGGGACAUUUGUGAAUGAUGUCAGAAUCCAGGAACAGAUGUACAUCACUUUAAAGAUUGAUGACAAACUGCGGUUUGGAUAUGAUACCAACUUGUUCACUGUGGUGCGAGGAGAGCUGCAUGUGCCAGAGGAGGCUCUGAAGCAUGAGAAGUUCACCAGCCAACUUCAGCUGGGCAAGAAGCCCACCUGUGCAGAGCCCUCAAAAACCCCCAAGCCUUCCCCAGACAAAGCCAAAGUGAGCAAACCCGCAGAGCCCAUUGCUGAACCAGCAGCCAAACCUGCAGAGCCAAACAAAGGAGAUGACAAGAUGUCAGGUGAUAUAGCUGCCGUGCACAGGGGAACCCCGUUGUAUGGACAGCCAUCCUGGUGGGGCGAUGGGGAUGCAGAUGAUGAGAAUUCCUUUAAACAAGAGAAUAAAACAUCUGGAAAGAAGCAGGAGAACAGCGGGGCAGAGAGCAAAGAGACCAAGCGAGGUGAUAAAUCAAAGGAAAAUGGUCUGGGGCCUGUAGGCGCUGAGCCCAGCUACUUUGAGAUUCCCAGCAAGGAGGGACAAAUGGCACAGAACAGCAUCCAUGAGAUCCCAACAAAGGACACUGAGGGCACUGGGGCUGCAAAAUCAGCCACGGCCAAUGCCUCCGCGCAGGCCAACACCUCAUUCACCAUUGAGUUUGACGAUACUUCCCCAGGGAAGGUCACCAUUAAAGAUCACGUGUCUCGUCCACGACCUAAAAAAUCACCUCACGCUGGCGGUAAAGACCUUAGCACCCUGCAGGCAGCCAUCAUGGCCUCUGAGAGCAAGGUGGCUGACUGGCUUGCCCAGAAUGACCCUCCUCUAGUGAGGCGUGAGUCCACAGAAGAGGAUAGUAAAAGCAUCAAGAGUGAUGUGCCUGUUCACCUCAAGAGGCUUAAAGGCAGUAAACACGAGGAUGGCACGCAGAGCGAUUCCGAGAAUGGCCUAGGAUUGCGAUUUGGCAGCAAACGCCAUGCCGCACUGGAGGAGCGCCUGAGAGCCGCAGGAGUGGGCCGGGUCAGAACUGAGGGGUCGUCUUCUGUGAGCCGCACAGCCUUCAUGAUCGAGUUCUAUGACGAGGAUAACCCUCGCAAACGGCGCUCCUACUCGUUUUCGCAGACCGCACCGCUGCUCGGAGGCGUGGCAGGGGAGGGAUUUUGCCCUGCACCGCCCUCACGUCCUAAGGUCGUCGCCACGGCAGCGGACGGCAGCAAGGGCAUGUCAUCAUCCCUAGCGGCGGUUGCCCCCACGGCUGCUCGACUCCUGCUCAAGCAGAGAUCUGAGGAGCCAAAGGUGGUGCAGAGCCCUGCCGCUACCGGUCAGCCCAGUCCCACAGAUGAGGCUCAGAAACAAGACGACGACCAGAGCGACAAGGGAACUUACACCAUUGAACUGGAUAAAAGCAACCCUGAGGAAGAGGAGGCACGGCGAAUGAUCGAUAAGGUGUUUGGGGUGGAGGACUCUCAGAAUCCUGGUUGCCCUGAACAACGAGAAGCCAGUGGAAAAGUGAAGGACGGCAAGAAGCUCAGCUCCACUGUGUCUGAGAGACUUGUGGAGGAUUCGGUUGCAGUCGGCAGCCCUCGCUGGGUUUCACAGUGGGCCAGUUUAGCUGCUAAUCAAACGAGAACAGACCCAGAGGGCUCUGGGGCAGAACCACCGGCUUUUGUCCAUCAAGAGCGAGAUGGUGAUGCAUUUGAGGCCGGCAUAUCUAUCAAGAGCACUGGCUCCACUACUUCCAGCCAAGCUGAGCGCAAAAGAAGGACUCUGCCACAGCUUCCCACAGAGGAGAAGAUCAAGCGCUCUGAGAUCGGUGAGAAGCAGGACACAGAACCCCAAGAAAAAGAAAGCCACAAUGACCAUAAAGGUGAUGGCGAGUGCAUCGGCACUCCGGACAACAAGGACGUUGUGUCUAGCCAAUCCAAGAGCAUCCAGCAGGACGGGAAGGCAGGAAAACAGUCAUCUGUGCGCCCCCUGGGAAGUGGAGAGAGGAGAGCAUCAGAGGAGAGUCGCAGGAGGCGUUCUGAGGACAAGAGUAAAGGAAGUGACGGGGAGAGGUCUGGGAAGCCACUGGUGAGGCAGGGUAGUUUCACAAUUGAGAAGCCCAGCGGUAACGUCCCCAUAGAACUGAUUCCUCGCAUCAACCGGCAGAACGGAGGAAGGGAGCGUAGCGACUCGGUGGGCAGCAUGGACACGGCGACUCUUCUCAAGGACACUGAAGCUGUCAUGGCUUUCCUUGAGGCUAAACUCCGCGAUGAGAAAAAGCUGGACCCGGUAGCGCCCACAGCCUGCCCUUUAUCCCCCGAAUCCGAUAUCGACACGGCUAGCACGGUCAGCCAGGUGGCAGCCGAGAGCGAUCGAAAGGCAGUUCAGAAGCGUCGAUCCCUCAGCAGCCUUUAUAGAGAGAAAAGCAACAUAAGCACCACAUCGAAAACCACAACCAGCGCAAGGGAGCGUCUUGAGAGGAAAACAAAGACCAAGACCACAGAAAGCCGCUCAGAUUCUCGUCGUUCAGUACAGACGUCCUCCCGUAGCCGCCAACCAUCCCAAGAUCUCACUGAUGACGAUCAGACUUCCUCGUUAGCCAUCUCAGACAUCCUGUCCUCGGACCAGGAGAUGUAUUCCAGUCGCUCACUCACCAAAGGUCACUUCACCUCCACCGAUGACCUUUUGCAGUCCAAGCUUGAUACCAGCAAAUCCGCAAGGUCUGCAAAACCCAGCAAGACGCUGCAAACUAGCACCGCAGCCCUCGCAAAACAGGCUGGUCUUCCGCAGCCCCGUCCCACGAGGGCAUCCCUGUUGCGCAGGGCUCGGCUUGGAGACACGUCGGAUACGGACCUGGCGGAUGCGGACAGGGUCUCGGUGGCAUCUGAGGUGUCCACCACCAGUUCCACUUCCAAACCACCGUCGGGGAAGAAGGCGCAGUCACGCAUCGACAUGCUAGCGCAACCACGGCGCACAAGACUCGGCUCAUUUUCAGCACGGAGCGAUUCGGAGGCCACGGUCAGUAGGACCACGGCGACACGUCUGUCUGCAGAGACGGCGCUUCGUCUGGGACUGAGAAGCACAAAUCAGCAAGCACCGGACAGCAAGCUAACUGCACGCAUGAGGGCUAAUAGUGUCUCCAAACUAACAGACCCCAAGCCGAAGACAGCACCUGUCAACAGCGCCCCAUCAGAAACUCAACUUGAGCCUGAAAGUAUUCUCGCAGAGGAGGAGCCCAUGGCCUCUAACCGGUGGAGACGGCUGCCUCCUGAAUAUGCCUCUACCUCUGAGGAUGAGUUUGGCUCUAACCGGAACUCUCCCAAACACAUUCGCCUGCGGCCGGGCACCACCCUUCGCACCAGCAGGCUGGGUGGUCCCACUCCGGUCCCGACCAGCCCCGGGGGUCUCCUCCUCAAGAACAGGAUGAAAGAACAGGAGGAGUACAUACGAGAUUGGACAGCCCACAGCGAGGAGAUUGCCAGGUUAUUUCCCUGUGUGCGUAGGAUCAGUCAGGACCUCGCCAAGGACCUGGCCAUCCUGGCACGAGAGAUCCAUGACGUGGCGGGCGAGAUCGACUCGGUCAGUUCCUCCGGCACUGCGCCCAGCACCACGGUCAGCACGGCCGCGACCACACCGGGUUCCGCCAUCGACACCAGAGAGGAGCUGGUUGAGAGAGUUUUUGACGAAAGUCUAAACUUCAGGAAGAUUCCCCCUGUAGUUCACACCAAAGCCUCAGAGAUCAAUGGCAGACCAGUGGAGCUUCGUCCCCGGGCCCCGGACAGCCUGGACCCUCAGGCGGCCCUGCGCAGGCGUACGUGGAACCGGGACGAGGUGAGACCGGCGGUGCUAGACAGUUUAUUGCUGACGUCGGUUUCCCAACUGUCUUCCAAAAUCCGACAGUCUGUAGAUAAAACCGCUGGCAAAAUCAGGAUAUUGUUCAAGGACAAAGACAGGAACUGGGAUGAUAUUGAGAGUAAACUCUGUUUGGACAAUGAAGUUCCACUUCCCAAAACUACAAACAAGGAAAUUUCAUCUAUACUAACAGAGCUGAAGAGGGUCGAAAAACAGCUUCAAGUUAUAAAUGUGAUGGUGGACCCUGAUGGAACCCUUGACGCUCUGACCAGCCUCGGCCUGACCAGUCCAACCACCCCCAAACCCAAAAGCAGUCCUGGGACUCAGAGCGUAUGGGGGCCUCUGCCCAGUAACGGAGCCCCUCAGCCACCGCCAACAACGAUCGGCCCCGGCCCAGAGAAACCCAAUGUAGGACUCAACUUCAACCGCACACACCCCACCGGAGAGGAGAGUGCCAUCGCUAGCAAAUAAAACACUUUCUUUUAGUAAACUGGACUAAUAAAACUACAUACUGUAACUUGUUCCUGAAUGGAUCUUAUAUGUGUAUGUAAAAUGUACUAUGUGCCCUUCUACAGGAUUCUGUAUGAGGUCUGUUUGUUGUUUUACCCUGUAGCGUAACCUUUAGAAUCACACCUGUGUAUCUGGACUGACCGCUUAGCUCGGCUAAGCAAAACCGCACCAAAACACACACAGCUGCAUGUGACAGGAAGCAAGCCCAACGAACUGCCAGACGGAUCCCUCGUGAACGGACAAAAACAACUCCAGUGCCUGUCUGCUCUCCUCUGAGCUUACCAUUCUUUGAUAUAACACGUUCUGCACAGUUUACCAAACUGAAUGCAGCAGACUAUGCGCAAACUCAGCAAUUGUAUUUUGAAGUUUGUCUAUUUAGAUAAGUGUCAUUUUUGGAAAAUGUUUUAGAUGUUACAUUUUUGUGCAUUCAAGCUAUUCUAAAUUAGCUUAAUAAGGGUCUUGAUUUGUAUUUAUUUUAUUUUUUUUGGAAUGCAAUGAAGAAUUUGUAUCAUUGGAAAUUGAAAUGUCCAUUGCUAGUCUUUGCAAAAUUUUGCAGCUUUCAAUUACAAAAACAUAAAGGGAGGGAACUUGCAGACAAAUGCAUGGCAUGCACUAACGGACUGGUAAUCUGCACCCUGGCUAAAUCGAUUUUAUGCUCCCUCGAUCAGCACAGCUGAAUCAGCCUUAUGAUUAUAAGCGUGUGUGAACUAACAUUCUGCAUAGAUGGACAUAUGUGUCUUCAUGACGCUCCGAUACCUACUAGCCUUCUCAUGAAAAUGUUCCACCUCUUUGUGUGCGUUUACUGUUUCCUGUUUCCUGUUUCUUUCCUUCUGCUGCUUGUCUGUAUUUUAGGAGGAUGCUGGCGUAAACCCAAACCACUUACUAGGCCUUUCUUUAGGAGCCCAGUAGGAAGAGUAUGGCAUCUAGUGUAACUGUAGACUUAGACGAUAGUGCAGACCGGUACCUGACAGAAUACAUAACGGUGGGCUUUUUUUUGUGUGUUUUCUCUACAUGUAAGAUGUCACUAAGUGCCCAGUAUUUUCAGCUUAGUCUUUCGGUCUUUGAGGAUGACAAGACUUGAUUCAUUGUGAUACAGUUUCAUUUUGCACAUCAAAGGCAUAAUGUGAAAUGAAGUAGUCAAUUCAGGGCACUAAAAUGAUUAGGUCACCACUAAAUCCCGCUGUACUCACUAGAAGAUGCCUUUCCAGUGGGACGCCCCUCUGACAAAACCUGUGAGACAGUCUGCCAACGUAUGAGAGGGUGGACGGCAGAUUAAGUGCUCGGUACAUCGAUUUUCCCUGUGUGGUUUACACAUUGUGUAUCAUAUCAGUGUUUUUUUUUUUUGUUUGUUUUUUAUUGUUUUAAUGUAUGUUUUAUUUAUUUUUGUUUCAAAUCAUUUAAUUGUUACGGCACUUUUUUUUUUCUUUUUUUACAUAAUUUUGCAUAUUCUCAAUAAAGGGGGGAACA